UCAGCAAUUUCGUUUAGGACACAGCAACUCCGCCGCCGCAAGUUUUUGCUUAUUUUAGCAUUUUGAGCAAUCAAAGUGAAGUGACUGGUCUCGCAAUCCGUGGCGUUUGCCGCCGGGUAGCUGGCUGCCCAUCGGCAGAUCGGGACCAAUUUGCAUACUCAAUAAGUAUUAUACUAUAAAUUCUUUCGAAGUGCUCGUUUCAAAUCGAAUAGAACCGAAAUAAAUAUUCAAGUGCAAACAUGAAACAUAAGUUUAUGCCUAUUGGUACAAAAAAUUAAUAUAUUUUAAAGUAUCUUAUUACAACUAUAAAUAUGAUAACAAACCCGCCGAUUGGAAUCAGAAAUAUUAUGAAGUUUAGCAUUUAAAUACUCUAAAGGAAUAGCACACACAACGAAAACAACAAGCCUUACGCAUCAGAAUCAGUGAAUAAAAACUAGUCAACAACUAAUUUCGACGUGUUUGACAAAUUAAAUACUAUAUAUUGAUUCGGUAAUUCAAAGGAUAGCUAAAGCCCAGUUGUUCUUAAUACUAAUAACGCGACGAAAUGAUGUUAACUACGGAACACAUCAUUCAUGGCCAUCCCCACUCAUCCGUGGGCGUUGGAGUAGGGGUUGGUCAAAGUGCAUUAUUCGGCUGCUCCACAGCGGGUCACAGUGGCAUUAAUCAGCUUGGUGGCGUUUACGUAAACGGCCGACCCCUCCCAGAUUCUACCCGUCAAAAAAUUGUAGAAUUGGCACACUCUGGUGCGCGACCAUGUGAUAUUUCGCGUAUACUGCAAGUGUCCAACGGAUGUGUUAGUAAAAUUUUAGGCAGAUAUUACGAAACCGGAUCAAUAAAACCUCGAGCGAUAGGUGGUUCAAAACCACGAGUAGCCACAACGCCGGUCGUACAAAAAAUUGCCGAUUAUAAACGAGAAUGUCCAAGCAUAUUUGCAUGGGAAAUACGAGAUCGACUGCUAUCGGAACAAGUUUGCAAUAGUGAUAAUAUUCCAAGUGUGUCGUCUAUUAAUAGAGUGUUGCGUAAUUUAGCUUCUCAGAAGGAACAGCAAGCGCAACAACAAAAUGAGUCUGUCUAUGAAAAGCUGCGAAUGUUUAAUGGACAAUCUGGUGGUUGGGCCUGGUAUCCUGGUAAUACUACAACGGCACAUUUGGCUCUUCCACCAACACCCACGGCAGUUCCAGCCAAUCUAUCUGGCCAAAUUUCCCGAGAUGAAGUGCAAAAACGCGAUUUGUACCCCGGCGAUAUAUCUCACCCGAAUUCACAUGAAAGUGAAUCAGACUGCAAUUCAGAGCAUAAUUCAUCUGGAGAUGAGGAUUCACAAAUGAGGCUACGAUUAAAACGUAAACUGCAAAGAAAUCGAACAUCGUUUACUAAUGAACAAAUAGAUAGCCUCGAAAAAGAGUUUGAAAGGACGCAUUAUCCAGAUGUUUUUGCACGGGAGCGGCUUGCAGAAAAAAUUGGUUUGCCAGAGGCACGUAUUCAGGUUUGGUUCUCAAAUCGACGGGCCAAAUGGCGAAGGGAAGAAAAACUACGCAGUCAAAGACGUUCUGGUGAUAAUGGAGGCGCUGGCAACGGACGCACAAGCACCAAUAAUACCAUCGGAGGAGGCUCUGUGCCUAAUAGUGCAGCAGCGUCAAGCAAUCCUACGUCCGGCGUUGUGAGCUCGGCUGGUCCAGAAGGAGCUUCCUCCGUCCAUCCCGGUAACAGUAGCAGCACUAACGUAACUGAAACAUCGAAUGGUCCAACAAUUCAUGGUGGAGAUGUUAGUUCUGCGCAUCCCAACUCGGAAAGCCCGCCCCUGCAAGCAGUUGCCCCCCGUUUGCCGAUCAACACUGGUUUCAACACAAUGUACUCGUCUAUCCCGCAACCCAUCGCAACUAUGGCUGAGAAUUACAAUUCAAUGACGUCGUCGUUAAGUUCCAUGACAUCGUCGUGUUUACAACAAAGGGAUAGCUACCCAUAUAUGUUUCAUGAUCCAUUAUCACUGGGAUCUCCCUAUGCGGCUCACCCACGAAAUACAGCCUGCAACCCGGCUGCAGCUCAUCAGCAACCACCUCAACACGGAGUUUAUGGAAACAACUCUGCAGUAACCACAACAAAUACAGGUGUGAUCUCUGCUGGAGUUUCGGUGCCUGUCCAAAUAUCAACACAGAAUGUCGCGGAUUUAACUGGCAGCAGUUAUUGGCCACGCCUUCAGUGAUCUUCAAUCUUUAGAAUACGCACGGAUUUGCUUUCGAAAGCGAC